AUGGGUUGUUCGUCGAACAGAAAGAAGAGUUUCUUCUUUAAAGUCUCAUUCCUCGUGUACGUCUUUCUUUUGAAUAAAGUGGUUAAAGCGGCGGUUUUAGGCAUCGAUUACGGCGCGGAGUUCCUCAAGAUUUCCAUCGUCGCCCCAGGACGAACGCCGAUUACUUUAGUCAUAAACGAGAUCUCGAAACGGAAAACCACCGUCGCGGUGUCAUUCAUCAACCAAGAUCGAUGGUUAGGCGAAGAGGCGAUGAAUUACCAAGCCAGGUACCCGGAGAAAGUGACCACGAGGUUAAGAGAGUUGUUAGGGAAGAGCGCGAAAUCGGAUUUGGUUUUGGAUUAUAAGGAAAAGUAUAAGUUGCCUUUUGAGAUUCAAGAGAACAACCAAGGGAACGGACGAGAAACGGUGGAAGUUUUCAUCGACGUUGAAAACGGCAGCAGUGGGAAACAAAAUGGUGAUGGCGAUGGUGAUGAUGCUAUUGAAAAUAAUUAUUCAUCGCAUACGAUCGAGGAGUUAGUGGCGACGACGUUACAAUACGCGAUGAAGAUUGGGACGGCGUUGGGGAAAGGCGCGAUUAAAGACGCGGUGGUUUCGGUGCCGCCGUAUUUUUCGCAGACGCAACGAAGGGCCUUGUACGACGCGGCGGAUAUCGCCGGGUUAAACGUCAUGGCGUUGGUGAGCGACGUGUCGUGCGCAGCCUUGCAGUGGGGAAUUGAUAAGGAUUUCGCGAAGAACGAAACGAGGAACGUGAUUUUUUACGACGUCGGGUCGAGUCACUCGUCGGCGAGUUUAGUCGAAUUCGGCGCCUUGAGCGAACGAAGGUCGAAGAAGACGUACGGGUCGUUCGUCGUGAAAUCAGUCGAGUGGAACGACGAAUUCGGUGGCGAGGAUUUAGACGUUCUCUUGGUGAACCAUUUCUUGGAUGAGUUUCAAGAAAAACACGGGUCAGAGACGAACGGGAAAGACGUGACGAAAGACAAGAGAGCGGUGGCAAAGUUGAGAAAGCAGGUGAGGAAGACGAAAGAGAUGCUCUCGGCGAACAAAGAAGCGCCAGUCAGCGUGGAAGGGAUGUUCGAGGACAUCGAUUUCAGGUCGACGAUUGACCGCGCGACGUUUGAAGCCAAGGCGGAGAAGACGUUCCAACGAAUGUUGGAACCGUUGCGAAGGUUGGUGACGGUGGAGUUGCCGAAACUUGGGUUGACUUUGGAAGACGUGGAAGCUAUUGAGGUUAUUGGUGGCACCGUCCGAGUUCCCGCGCUUCAACGCUUGAUCGACGAGGAAGUUUUGAAGGAUUCUGGCAAGUCUAUCGAUAAGAGGUUGGACGCGGACGAAGCCGUCGCGAUGGGCGCCGGUUUGUUCGCGGCGAACAUGAGCACGACGUUUCGCAUGCGUAAAUUUGGUGCUGCAGAUGCGUUGCCGUACGGGAUCGAUUAUCAAGUCGUCGGUGGUGUCGACGAGGACGAUGAAAAGAACAACAAAAUUGCGUUGUUCAAUCGAUUCGACGCGUACCCGUCGCGCUCGAAAGUAACGAUUGAAAACGUCACCGCAAACGAGUACAUUUUGAAAACGUUCAUCGCCGCCGUGAAAUCGGGCGACGAGAGCGAGGACAACGUCAAAGAAGAACUCGUUUUACCGCCGGCGUGGAGUUCAGCCGACGUCGCCACUUUCAACGUGUCCGGCAUCGACCAUUUCCGAGAAAAGUACAACAACACGGAGGACGGUAACGUCACGGUGACUUUCGCGAUGGACCCGAGCGGUAUCUUCUUUGUCGAGAAGGCGCAGUUCGAAGUCAUCGUGACGGAUAUGGUUGAGAUUCCUCGCCCGAAGAAGUCGAAAAAAAUGGACGACAAGAAGUCGAAGAAGAAUAUUACGAUUGAAGAAGUUGAAACGACCGCGAAGGCGACGGAUGAAACCGCCGCCACCGUAUCCGAGGAUGAAAAAGAGGAAAAGGAGGAGGAGAAAGAAGCGGCGGCGCCGGCGGAAGAGACUACCAAGGAAGAAGAGAAGAAGGAAGAUAAAGAGGAAAAGGAAACCGACGCGACCGACAGCGAGUCGGGUAAAAAAGAACAGGCGGAAGAGGGCGAAAAAGAAAGCGCUGAAGAAGAAGAAGAGAAACCGGCGGCUUCGGAGGAGACGAAAGAAGGGGAAGAAAAAGAGGAGGAAGAAGAAGAAGGAAAAGAAGAAGAAGAAGAAGACGACAAAGAAGAAGUGUACAUUCCGCAAUAUCGCGAGCGAAAGCGAAAGUUCAAGCACGACUUACUCGUCUCCGAAUCCGAUAAUCCAAUCGUUCAAAUGACGAACGCGGAAAUUCUUGCAUCCAAGGGUAAGCUCGAAAAGCUCCACGCGAAGGAUCAAGCGAAACGCGAAACCGAAGCUGCGAAGAGUAACUUGGAAGCCUACAUUUAUUCUUCGCGCUCGAAAGUUCGUCAAGACGAAGACAUUGAAAAAGUCACCACGGAGGAGCAAAGAGAGUCACACUUGCAAUCGUUGGAAGACGCCGAGGACUGGUUGUACACCGACGAAGGCGAAAAUGCCAACAAGACAACGUAUGAAACGAAACACAAAGGUUUGAAAGACGUCUCGGACGCGUUCAUCUUCCGAGCGCAAGAGUCUUCCGUGCGCCCAGAGUCCGUGAAAUACGCCAAGAAGUGGAUCGCGGAUACGCGUAAAACGAUUGGAACUUGGAAGGACAAAAAGAAGCACAUUUUUGCCAACGAAACCGAACCGUUGUUGCAAGACAUUGCAGAUUUGGAAUCGUUCUUGGAGGAGAAAGAAAAAGAGCAAGAGGCGAAAGAGGCGCACGAAGACGCGGCGUUUACUAGCAAAGAGGUGAAAAGCGAGUUGUCCAAGAGAAUGACAAAGUAUAAAAAAGUAAAGUCGAAGCCGGCGCCAAAGGUGGAAAAGCCAAAGACGAACUCGACCGGCAACGCGACCGGGAAGAACUCGACGAAAAAGAACUCGAAGAAGGACAAGAAGAAGGGCGAGGAGACGACGGCGGCUGAUGAAGAAUCUGAAAAUACGUCUACUCCUACGAAGGAAGAAGAAGAUAAAGAAGGUGGAGGAAGAGGAGAGGAAGCGACGUCUAGCGAAGAAGGGUCGGCGGCGGAUCCGCCGAUGCCGGACGAACCGGGGCCGACGAAAAAGAAAUCGUGGUUCGGGAAAGUUUUCGACAAGAAAGAGCCGGAAGAAGCAGCCUCGGGGGAUCUUUAA